GAUCAUCAUAAUCGCUGAAGCCAUCACAAUUUUUUCGGCAUUGUAUUUUAUUCCACUGAAAAACAUUCAACGUGCCGGAUGCUUUUUUAACAUUUCAUUCAAUUGAAACAACGUUAUCACAGUUCAGUGAUCUCGCGCCGGUGUUACAAUUCAAGUUAUUUUUGUUUUCUUAUAAUUUUUCUCUCAAAUCGAAUCUUUUUCUUUUGUUAUCAAUAAAACGAGAAAAGAUGCAAAAGGAAAUUUUCGCAUUUUUGAUGGUGGUCGGUGUAGCAUUCGGUUUGACUCCCGAUAGAACAAUCACCGACAAGGUCUAUUUUGAUAUCACCAUCGGCGGAGAGUCGGCUGGACGCGUUGUAUUCGGUCUAUUUGGCAAUGUUGUACCAAAAACUGCACGUAAUUUCAAGGAAUUAUGUGAAAAACCACAAGGAGACGGAUUCAAAGGUAGCAAAUUCCAUCGUGUGAUCAAAGACUUUAUGAUCCAAGGUGGUGAUUUCACAGCUGGAGAUGGUACUGGCGGACGCUCAAUCUACGGUGCUCGAUUUGCUGACGAAAACUUCUUGUUGAAGCACGACAAAGUUGGUCUCUUGAGUAUGGCCAAUGCUGGCAAAGACACAAAUGGUUCGCAAUUCUUUGUUACCACCGUGUUGACACCAUGGUUGGAUGGCCGUCACGUCGUAUUCGGUGAAGUUGUCGAAGGCAUGGACAUCAUUCGCAAAAUUGAAAGCCAACCAACCACUUCAAACGAUCGACCAAAGAAGGAAGUCGCAAUUGCCGACUGUGGUUCAUUGCACACCGAAUUGUAGAUUCAAUUCCAGCAUUUUUAUUUUGCAUUUUCAAAGCACUUCAGAAUGAUUUACAUUCAUUCAUCGGUUGUGUUGAACUUUAGUUUUCUUUCAUAAUAAUUGCAAUCUUUCUUUUUUAAAUAAUUAUUUUUUUUCCACCGAAAUCAAUUAAUAUUGUUGUCUAUCUAAAGAGAGACACAAUAAGGAGUAUAUUUUUUUUAAACAAACAUAAAAUAAAGUUACAAACAAUUGAUCCUACAAAAAAAAAAAAUAAUUUUU